AUGAGCAAUCCCAGCGUCGCUGGCCCACAUGCGCAGGGAGAUGCUCAAGACAAUCGAGGACCAGCCCUCUUGGGGAUUGUCGCUAUAUUCACCGCCAUAUCUGCUAUUGCAGUAGGUUCACGUCUCUUCGUAAGGCUAUGGAUACUCAAGAAUCCUGGGCUAGACGACGCCGCGAUAUCUCUGUCACUGAUCUUAGCCAUCAUUUCAACAAUAGCCUAUGGUAUAGCGAUCGAAAACGGAUAUGGUCGGCACAUCAAGUACAUCUCAAAACCGGACUUGGGAGAAUCCAUCAAAUGGAAUUUAGUUGCAACCGUCGCUUUCUAUCUCAGUCUCAUCUUCAGCAAGAUCUCAGUGUGUUUUCUCUUCCUGCGCAUCAUUGGUAGAACCCGGACGCCUCAUAAGGUCGCUUUUCUCUACGGUAUGAUGGCUUUAGCGAGUGUAAUUGGAUUCAUAGCUGCUGGCUACACCGCGGGCCAAUGUCAGCCAGUCGCGAAAGAUUGGAACCAUGAGUUACCAGGAAAAUGCCACGGGGAUACCAGCGUGAAGAUAGGCCUUGCUCAGGGCAGCAUCAAUGCAUUCAUCGACUUCUCUCUCGCGACCUUUCCCAUUACCUUCCUCCUCAAGUCGAAAAUGGACAUCCGUCGCAAAGUCUUCAUAUGGGCGCUGAUGUCCUGCGGCGUUAUCGCGGGCUUUUGCUCCAUCGCUCGCAUUGUCGUCUCUUCCGUCCUAGUCAAUAGUGGCGAUUUCACCUACGUCGAGACCGCUGGAACCUACCUUGCAGUCGCCGAGGAAGCAGCAAGCAUCGUCAUCGCGUGCAUACCCACCCUUAUGCCUCUAAUCCAAGUCAUGAGAGGCAAGACAGUAAGUGGAAAGAGCUCGAAAUACGGAAGGUCAUGGCCCACGAAGUCAAGUUUUGCGCAGCAUACCGCACCAGACCCAUACGAGAUGAAUACAUUUGUGUCGGCGGUACCGCCGGGGGAGAAGCUUCAAGGGGCCUAUGGGAGCGACGUUGAUCUUGUGCCGGGGAUUGAAAAGAUCACGAGGAUUGAUGUCAAGAAGGAAAACGUAAAAGAUAUCGAAAUGGUCUGA